AUGCCACAGAGCGGGCUCUGGCUGCCCUCUCUUCUUGCCCCACUCCCUCCUCAUCCACCGCACCGCUCCAGCCUCCGCAAGCCCUGCUUUGCUCUUGGCAUUGAGAGUGACGAGCUUGGAGACGGAGAGGAGCGGCACGGCGGAGAGGUUGAAGAGAAUGCUGUAGGCCAUUUCCCACGCUGCCCACCACCCCCGCGUACGCCCAGCAGUCACCUUAGAGAGAGGAGUGGGGGAGAAUCCGGAGAACCCUCCGAUAACCCUCCCAUCCCCUCACUCCCCACCCAUUCCCUCCCAUCCCCUCCCAUCCCCUCCCAUCCCCUCCCACCCCUCCCCUUCCAUCCCUUUCCCCUCCCUCCCCUCCACUUCCCUCCCCUUCACUCCCCUCCCCUCCCUUCUCCCUCACCUCCCCUCCCCUCCCUCUCCUCCCUCCCCUCCCAUCCACCAACCACCUCCCCUCCCCUCAACCUCCCCUCCCCUCCCCUCCCCUCCCCUCCCCUCCCCUCACGUCCCCUCCCUUCCCCUCCCCUCCCCUCCAUCACCUCCCCUCCCUUCCCCUCCCCCACUCCCCUACCCUCCACACAACUACCCUCCCCACAGCCUUACCUAACCUCCUUCCUUUUUCCUCCCCCCCUCGUCCUUCCUUCCCCUGCCCUCUCUCCACACCCCGCCCCCAUGCUCUCACCCGCAGCGCCCUGGUUGUGGACGGGCCAUGGCAGCCCCGG